CCAGCCUGCAGUCAAAAGCAACUCGGCGCACAAGCUGUGCAGAGCUCGGCAGUCAAAGUAACUUCGGCCUCGCGCGCUCCCCUCCUCCCCUUGUGGUCGGCGUCUCCAGCCUGCUUGGACGGGGGUGUCCGGGAGGAGGAUGCCAAAUGCAAGCUCUCUUUGCAACCUGACCGUCUGGACUCCAGCCAGAGAGCUUCCCUUGCCGAUUGCCAUGGGCUUGCCUACAUGCUGAGGACUGGAGGGAGGGGCCCUUACGUGUGCAUUCGGUGCUUUGCUAGGCUCCUGCGAGUCUGACUAUAUUUAUUGACUCCUCUCUUUAUUGGGGUUUUUCCAACACCAUUCCCUCCCUCCCCCCCCGUCAAAGAUCACUUGGGCGCAGGUGACACGCCCUCCUCGCGCCCCUUAUCCUUCACUCACUCAGCUUGUUCGCACAAGGGCAAGAAAUCAUAGAUACAACCUCUACCGCCAGGUUCUCUGCUGUAGCUGCAGCUCGUCGGACGGAGGCAAAUGAAGGGGGAGCUUCGUGCAAAGGGAGAGAGGAGGAGAAGCUGUCUUAUCUUUGCUACAAAGUGAAACAGAUAAAGCUGCAAAACUGACUCCCUGCGAUCAAACAGAGCAGAGCAGACCAAGCUGGGGAGGGAGUGGAGGACUUCUCCCUUCUCUUUUCCAUUCUAGAAGAGAAAGAGAGGAGGGGGAAGAAAAGGAUCGCUGGGAUCUUGGUAGAUCUUUCCAAAGAUGUCAUCUCAAACUAAGUUCAAGAAAGACAAAGAGAUCAUAGCAGAAUAUGAAACUCAAGUAAAAGAAAUUCGUACGCAGUUGGUGGAACAGUUCAAAUGCCUGGAACAGCAGUCUGAAUCCCGGCUGCAGCUCCUGCAAGAUCUCCAGGAGUUCUUCCGCAGAAAGGCUGAGAUUGAACUUGAGUACUCCAGGAACUUGGAAAAACUAGCGGAAAGGUUUUCUUCCAAGAUUCGCAGCUCCAGGGAACACCAUCAGUUCAAGAAGGAUCAGCACCUUCUUUCACCUGUGAACUGCUGGUAUCUUGUACUGACCCAGACUCGGAGAGAGAGCAGAGACCAUGCUACUCUGAAUGACAUCUUCAUGAACAAUGUCAUUGUCAGACUUUCUCAGAUCAGCGAAGAUGUCAUCAGGCUAUUUAAGAAGAGUAAGGAAAUUGGUCUUCAGAUGCACGAAGAACUCCUGAAGGUCACCAAUGAACUCUACACUGUGAUGAAAACAUACCAUAUGUACCAUGCUGAGAGCAUUAGUGCUGAGAGCAAACUGAAGGAAGCUGAAAAGCAAGAGGAGAAACAGUUCAACAAAGCAGGAGACAUCAGUGUGAAUCUGUUGCGGCAUGAAGAUAGGCCUCAACGUCGCAGCUCUGUCAAGAAGAUUGAGAAGAUGAAGGAGAAGAGGCAAGCCAAAUACUCUGAAAAUAAGCUGAAGUGCACUAAAGCCAGGAACGACUAUCUGCUGAACCUGGCAGCCACAAAUGCAGCAGUCAGUAAAUACUACAUCCAUGAUGUCUCAGACCUGAUUGAUUGCUGUGACUUGGGGUUCCAUGCCAGCCUGGCACGGACAUUUAGAACAUAUCUUUCUGCAGAAUAUAAUCUAGAAACCUCACGUCAUGAGGGCCUUGACAUCAUCGAGAAUGCUGUAGACAACCUGGAUGCACGAAGUGACAAACACACAGUCAUGGAUAUGUGCAAUCAAGUCUUUUGCCCUCCUCUGAAAUUUGAAUACCAGCCACAUAUGGGGGAUGAGGUAUGUCAGGUGAGUGCCCAGCAGCCAGUUCAGACAGAGUUGCUCAUGCGAUAUCAUCAACUGCAGUCUAGACUUGCUACGCUCAAAAUAGAGAAUGAAGAGGUGCGAAAAACGCUGGAUGCUACUAUGCAGACAUUGCAAGACAUGCUGACUGUGGAAGAUUUUGACGUCUCGGAUGCCUUCCAGCAUAGUCGCUCCACUGAGUCAGUCAAAUCAGCAGCUUCAGAGACUUACAUGAGUAAAAUAAACAUUGCCAAGAGGAGAGCCAACCAACAGGAAACUGAAAUGUUCUAUUUUACUAAAUUUAAAGAGUAUUUGAAUGGCAGUAACCUUAUUACUAAGCUGCAGGCUAAACAUGACUUACUGAAGCAAACUCUAGGAGAAGGUGAAAGAGCUGAAUGUGGAACUACUAGGCCCCCAUGUCUUCCCCCUAAACCACAGAAAAUGAGGAGACCUAGGCCUCUCUCAGUCUAUAAUCAUAAGCUCUUUAACGGCAAUAUGGAAACAUUCAUUAAGGAUUCAGGACAGGCCAUUCCACUUGUAGUUGAAAGUUGCAUCCGAUACAUCAAUUUAUAUGGUUUACAACAACAGGGUAUUUUUAGAGUUCCAGGAUCUCAGGUUGAAGUAAAUGAUAUCAAGAACUCAUUUGAAAGAGGUGAAGACCCACUUGCUGAUGAUCAAAAUGAACGUGACAUUAACUCCGUUGCUGGGGUCUUAAAGCUAUACUUCCGAGGACUGGAAAAUCCACUCUUUCCUAAGGAAAGAUUUCAAGACUUGAUCUCUACUAUAAAAAUUGAAAACCUUGCAGAAAGGGUGCACCAGAUUCAGCAAAUCCUUAUUACCUUGCCACGGGCAGUCAUCAUUGUCAUGAGAUAUCUCUUUGCUUUCCUCAACCACUUGUCGCAGUACAGUGAUGAGAACAUGAUGGAUCCUUACAACCUGGCCAUCUGCUUUGGACCAACUUUGAUGCAUAUUCCAGAUGGGCAGGAUCCAGUGUCCUGCCAGGCUCAUGUUAAUGAGGUCAUCAAAACCAUAAUAAUAAAUCAUGAGGCCAUCUUCCCCAGUCUAAGAGAGCUGGAAGGACCUGUCUAUGAGAAGUGCAUGACUGGUGGGGAAGAGUACUGUGACAGCCCUCACAGUGAGCCAGGCACCAUUGAUGAAGCAGAGCAUGACAACGGCACGGAGCCACACACCAGCGAUGAUGAGGUGGAGCAGAUUGAAGCUAUUGCAAAGUUUGACUACAUUGGACGGUCCCCACGUGAGUUGUCUUUUAAGAAAGGAGCCUCACUCCUCUUGUACCAUCGGGCAUCCGAAGACUGGUGGGAAGGCCGUCAUAAUGGCGUGGAUGGUCUCAUUCCACAUCAGUACAUAGUGGUACAAGACAUGGACGAUGCAUUCUCAGACAGCCUCAGUCAGAAGGCAGACAGUGAGGCGAGCAGUGGACCCCUGCUGGAUGAUAAAGCCUCUUCAAAGAAUGACAUCCAGUCUCCCACAGAUCAUAUUCCAGACUACGGAUUUGGGGGAGUAAUGGGACGGGUGAGAUUGAGAUCUGAUGGAGCUGCAAUCCCUCGCCGUCGGAGUGGAGGGGAUACACACAGCCCCCCAAGAGGGAUUGGUCCUGGAAUAGACACCCCUCCGCGAGCUGCAGCUUGCCCUAGCAGCCCCCACAUAUUACCACUGAACAGAGGCAGGAUGGAGAGCCCAGAGAAGCGCAGGAUGGCAACAUUUGGUAGUGCUGGCAGUAUCAAUUAUCCAGACAGGAAGACCAUGACUGAUGGCCAUCCAUUACGGCCCACCUGCAGCUCAACUCGGCAUAGUAGUCUCGGGGAUCAGAAAUCACUAGAAGCUGAAGCACUAGCAGAGGACAUUGAGAAGACUAUGAGCACAGCAUUGAAUGAGCUGCGUGAACUUGAGAGGCAAAAUACUGUGAAACAAGCCCCUGAUGUUGUCCUGGACACCCUUGAACCAAUGAAAAACACACAGAUAGGUUCUGUCAACUCUGAACCUGCCAGUCCCCUUCAUACCAUCAUGAUCCGGGAUCCUGAUGCUGCCAUGAGGCGUAGCAGCAGCUCAACUACAGAAAUGAUGACUACUUUUAAGCCUGCCCUCUCAGCACGGCUUGCUGGAGCUCAGCUUAGGCCUCCACCAAUGAGACCCAUCCGGCCAGUCAUCCAACAUCGUUCAAGUAGCAGCAGCAGCUCAGGAAUGGGUAGUCCCGCAGUGACACCCACAGAGAAGAUCUUCCCUAACAGCUCCUCAGAUAAAUCCGGCACAAUGUAGCUAGCACCAUCCUUAGGGAAUCUUUGUUAGGAAAAUGAGUGCCCAUUCUGACAUUCACUUCUUUGGGAUGGAAGCUUUGAUUGUACAAAUGAUGUCAUUAAAGAGAGAGAGAGAACAAAAUGACUCUGGUAGAAAAACAUGGCACUGGGGACAGUAGACAAGGCUUAAGAGUUUCACAAAAUUUCAAGAUUGCUGGAAAGCUGUACAGCCAAAUAAGAUGGCCAUUUUAUGUAUUACCACUGGAUACAUACAAGUCUGUGUAAAAGUAUAUAUGAAACUGUACAUAGCCCAGUAACAUUUUAGUAGAUUUACCUCAGAAACUCACCCUUAGACUUCUGUUAGAGAACAUUAUUUUGUGCCUGUGUGUGUAGGUUACACAGCAACUGUGCUUUAAGCAAUAGAAGACUGGUCAGUCUUUGAAUGAUAUUUCAUGUGGGUUUGGCUUUAGAAUCACAAACUAAAGAAAACAUAGGAUUGGCUCAACUGUUCUGCAAAUACUGAAAUUCACCUGAUGAUCAUGUCUGUCUUGCUAGAUGGAUAGACCUGUCUUCAUCUCAUCUCUUAAAGACUGUUUCAUUGAAACAUGGAAGCUUGUGGUUCAUUUCCUGCUGGAAGAUUACACCACCUGUGGACACACAGAAAUGAAAAGUAGUACACCUUCCCUUUUGUAAGAAGGGGAAACCUAGGAUUUUCUGUACUUACUUCAUGUUGUAGCACAGUGUUGUAUGUGUACAAAAGAAACUCAAAACUCCUGCUGUCUUGAAAAUUUCAAAACAGAAGGACUCUGAAGUAACCUGUGGUUGAUAACAAUAAAUAAAUAGGCUAACUUAUAUAGUGUUUGAAAUACUUUAUUCCCCCUUCCCUCUUUUUGCUAAUAAUUCCUUUUGGGGGGGAAAUCUGGAUUAAAACAGGCAAGGAAGCAUUUGGUAAAAUCACAUUCCCUUUAAAAUUAUUCAGCAGUACACGAGGGUCCUGAUUCUGACUGCGUCCGUUUGCAUGUAUAGCAUGAGCCAUAUUUGACCAUGUCAGAAAUAUAACUGAUCUGAUGAGGUGACGAUUUGCACUUUCUCUACUUCCUAUGUAACAAUAUUCAGCAGUUUGGAUUUAUGAAGACAAACUUAACUUUUUUGCUCUCUAAUUAUAAUGUAGGCAAAAUAUAAAAAUAUGCAGAGAAAUAAGGGAGUUGCAUGAUAGUUAAGCCUUUUCUCUAUUCACUGAACUCAAACUCACCUUGCUGCUAUUUUUUAUUUUGGCCUGUCUUUGUGGACAGAGUUUUAUCACUUCCAUUGGGCCAGCAUUUUUGUUUUAAAUAUCUUUGUACAUUUGUGUUAAUAUGAAAUGUCUUGACACAUCUCACUCAUUUGGCUAUUCCUGCAUUUCCCUUUAUUUCUUGGUAACUUUAUUUUGCAGUGGCCAUCGCUUUAAAAAAAGCUAGCCAUGUUUUCCCUUCCUUUAGGGGUUGAAUUUAGUGACACCUGUCUUCUAAUAUCACAUCGUGUUUUUAAUGUUGCAGUUGGCUUUCUUUGACAAAACAGCUCACCAUCAACCAGAAUUCGUUUAGUUUAUCAGUACAUCUUAACAGUUAAAGUAGGAAAAGGGCUAUUGGACCCAGUGCCAGGUUUCUGAAAGCCCUGGAGCAAAGCCCUACAUUGGGUCCCAUAGCACAUUGGGCCCAUCCCCCCACCCCCAAGUUUACUAGCAAUGGAAAGUAAUUGGCAAUGGCUCCUCCAAUCCUCCCCACUGGUGAAUGGGGUGAAAUUUUUGGUGGCAGCAGUGGCAGCUUCUCCAUCUCAUAUCUUCAGAGGGUAGGAGGAAGAGUUGCUGCCACCAUAGCCUACCCCCCUUUACCAACGAGAAGAAGAGGAGCUGCCACCACUCAUCCAGACCCAUAGCAGCAGUAGUUUCAUCUCCCAUUCUCUCCAUCAGCCAGUGGGCUUUCUCCAAAAGUCCGCUAUGUCCUCUGGGAAAUGGCUAUUGGCCAAUUGGGAGGGUAGAGGUGGAAGAACUUGUACACAAUUCUCUUUGCUUGUAAUGAUGCAGGAGCUCCCGGGAUGUUGGGAGUUGGUGAUGGGGUGCCAAUGCAGCAACAACAGAAGUACUGGUGGUGUGUGACCUGGCCAACUCUUGACACUUCCACGGCCAUCUUGUAAUUUACCUUCUUUAUGUUUCCUUAUUUGAUGAGAAAUACAUUCAAAACCCCAUCUAUGUGCAUAAAUCAUAGUCCUAUAUUGUGUGAGAUGUUUUUCAUUGUGAAAUAUGCACACACAAUCGUGUGUGUGUGUGCUUCUUUUCUGUACCGCGUGAGCAAGCAUGCUUCACUCCAUGGGCCCUCUUCUCUUAACUGCUCCUUGCCUGUUCUAGCCUGUUUAUAUAUUGCUGUACUUGCUUAAAUGCUGGAAAAUAAUUGCUAAAAUGUAAACUGUAAAAAAUAAGGCUAAAUUUUAGUUGAGACCCAAUGACACUUACCAAAUCUUUGCACUUAGUGGAUAGCUCAAUGUAACAAAAACAACAAAAACCUGUAAAACAACCUCCCCCAAUAGUCCUGACUUUCCCAUCUACAGUGUGAAAGGAAAAUACUGUCCAUAAGUACUAUAUUAUCAUUCCUUAGUAUAAUAAAGGAGAAAUGGUGUUUGCCUACAUGCCUGCUAAUGUUGUAGGUACUUAUAAUGGUCAUACUUAGUUGAUAGUGGCAUGUGUUUUUUCAUUCAUGAAAUUCCUUGAAUCUUCUUCCCUCGCUACCCUGUGCCUCUCUCUGCCUUUAGUAACUCUACGGUCAUUAUGACAGCAGAUGUUCAUUUUUUUGUAAUAAUGAAUAGCAAAAUGUGGUGUUAGAGGUGUGAGGUGGAGGGGAGAAAAAAGCCAUUUGGCAAGUGUGGUCUCUUCAUUGCCAGUAACGUUUUCCCUCCCUCUUUAGUUAAUAGAGAACAGUUGCUUCGACAGUGUUUUUUUAAAAUAUGCUUUUGAAAUAUGACUUGAAAGUAAAACCAUGAUGAUUUAAUUCAAGGGUUUAUUUUUCUUCUUAAAGAUAUACCAUUCCAAUGCCUUUUAUAUUAAAUUAUUUUUUCUCCUUCCAUCUUCUUAGUGCUAUUUUUUUUAAUCUUUAAGUGCCUUUAGAGCACCGGAACAAAUGCCUGGAUUAAAUGUGCUUGGGAGCUGGACGUAUUAAGAUCUCUUCUACAGUUAAUGUUAUGCUGUGGGUGUAUUGCUUUAAAGUUCUCUUCUCUUUUUGUUGUGCAAGAAAUGUAUUUUAAAAAUAUCUACCAAUGUAAAGCAAUGUUGUCAAGUUGCAGGUGACUACUAGAAACUGAAGAAGAUAAUCUUCUGCGUUUUGUUUGUAGUACAAACAAAUUCUGUUGAAGCAUCAAAACUUUAACUUUUGUACAUGUUUCUCUAGGCUUCUGGAUACAAUCUACUUGUGACUUUUUUAGUUCCUAGUAGAUUUGUGUCCAUCUUCACACACUCACACAACACACAUGGGCCUAGUGUGGCUUAACACCAGCAUUUCAAAGGACAAUUUAAAAUGCAUUACGAACAGUAAAUAUGAAGCAAAAUGGUGGAUGUGGCAGAUUAGCCCACCUUUGAGGAAAAAUAAAGGGAGCAUUUGUAGCAUUCACAUAUGAAACAUACUUAAGUUAAAUUGUCAUACCUGACAAACCAAAAAUGUUUCAGAAAAUGUCCCUUUUUUAAACUGACCCAUGAAGAAGUCAUCUAAGAGCCAAUAGUAGACGCUGGACAUGAAAAGUGGGGCGGGGAAUCUGCAAUGCAUAGUUAGUAAAAUCUCAUUGACUGAAUGCUGUCCCUCCUCAUAAAUUAGAAUGUUCUUGCUCAACUGAAGCUACUUUGGCUAACACCCAGAAAUGACUGGCUGUACAUAUCACCUCAUUUCUUCCCCUGUAACUUGGUGAAGAUAUUCCUUUUGUUCAACCAAGUGAUGUGUGUUAACGGUGCUGACUUAAAAGCAAUUGCACCCGCCCUUAUAUUACUGCUGUACAGAAAAUGUCAUAAGCAAACAAUGUAAAUGUUUAAGACCCUUUAAUGAUAUAAGGACCAUGCACUUUUCCUGUCUUAGACAAAAUAAUACCUAAUAGGGAUUUUUCUUUUCUUUUUUGUAAAUUCUGAACUAUAUAAUUUCCUAUCAAUGCUGCAGUUUUCACAGUAUGGCAGUAGGCCUUCUGAAUCCAAUUUGCUUCUGAGUGGCUGCUUUUUGUUCUUGCCAGAAAACUUUAGGAAACUGCUGGUUGGCUGCCCUGUAUAAUUAUUGUUGUCCCUCUUAUGGAUAUUGUCUCUGUAAUGUAUGAUAAAAUGCCAUUAAGUUAGAGUGUCUGAUUGGAUCCAAUGUUAUGUAUGCUGAUGAUGCCAUGUAGAUCAAACCACUGGUUGGAUGUCGACUCAUCCUGUUGAAUAAACAGUUUACCUUUUCUCAA